AUUUAGGCCUUUUGUGUUCCUAUGGUACAAAAAAGCAUGUAAUAGCGUAAAACGGUGUUACUCGGGUCAUUACGGUAAAGGCUCCCAGUCUGCGGACCACGCCCCCUCCGUUCAGCCACUGUCAAUCCAGGAAAGACAGAGCUGUCACGGUGUUAACAGUGUCCUCCUGUUGCUUGGACACCCCGAAGACACAUCUGACAGGAGGCCAGGGAUCAGUUCACUUUGAAGAUCUUCUCAAGAUGUUGCCUCAACACCUGAAGCAGAUCCGAGUCCUAAUGCUUAACGACAAGGAGUGUUUGGAGAGGACUCUGUUCAGACUUGAACAAGGGUUUGAGCUCCAGUUCCGCCUAGGUCCGAGCCUUCAGGGGAGGAGGGUCAUGGUGCGCACCAACUAUCCACUUGAAGGAAAGGAGUUUGAACGAAACAACUUCCGUGUUUUGGGAUGGAGCUACCCAACAGGAAGGGAGGAUGACUCUGAUAAGUUCUGCUCGCUGGACCUCAAGAUUGCCGGGUCCUAUCAGUACUACUUUGGAUAUGGAGACACGGAGCAGUCGGGCGGAGGAUACAUCGUAGUCGACCCAGUUCUUCAUGUUGGAGCAAACAAUGACAUCCUCCCAUUAGACUGCAUCACCAUCCAGACCUACCUGUCCAAAUGUCUGGGACACCUAGAUGACUGGCCAGAUAGACUGAGAGUAGCCAAGGAGUCAGGGUACAACAUGAUCCACUUCACACCUCUGCAGACUCUAGGAGAGUCCAGGUCCUGUUACUCCUUGGCAGACCAGCUCAGCUUUAACCCUGAGUUCAGCCCCGCUGGUCAGAGCUACAGCUGGGAAGAUGUGGGGGUGCUGGUGGAGAUGUUAAAGAAGGAAUGGAGCAUGCUGUGUAUUACAGAUGUGGUCUAUAACCAUACUGCUGCUAACAGUGAGUGGAUCAGAGAACAUCCAGAGUGUGGGUACAACCUGGUGAACUCUCCCCACCUGCGACCAGCCUGGGUCUUAGAUCGAGCUCUGUGGCAUUUAACCACCAGAGUAGCAGAGGGACGCUACGAAGCUAAAGGACUUCCUGCUGAUAUUACCAACGAGAGCCAUCUGAAUGCCAUCCGUAGUGUGUUGUGGCAGGACGUGUAUCCUCAGAUCAAACUGUGGGAGUUCUACCAGGUCAAAGUGGACGUUGCUGUGGAGCAGUUCAGGACCCUACUACUAAAUGGCACUAAGCCAGACCAUAGUAAGACCGAGGGGAAGAAGGGUCUGAAGAUCAUUCAGGACCCUAAUUACCGUCGUUAUGGCAGCACAGUGGACAUGGACUCUGCUCUGGAGACCUUUGUACCUCACAGCUCCUCCCCAGAGCACGUUGAGGAGUGCUGUGGUUGGCUGAGACAGAGAGUGGACCAGCUGAAUGAAGAACAGCACCACAUUGUGCACCAGCACCAGGAGCAGGCUGCCAACUGUAUUGUGGGAAACGUAGUGUACGAGCAUCUGGCGGAAAACGGCCCCAAACUCGGUCCUGUUUGCAGGAAAAACCCUCUGGUAACCAGGUACUUCACCUUCCCGUAUCCGGACAUGACUCUGGACCAGGAGCUGCAGAUGCUGGAUCAGCCAGACAAGACUUGUCACUUCCUGGCUCACAACGGUUGGGUGAUGAGUGACGAUCCACUGCGCAACUUUGCUGAUUCAAGCUCCAACGUGUACCUGCGUCGGGAGCUGGUAUGCUGGGGGGACAGUGUCAAACUCCGCUAUGGCAACGGGCCCGAGGACUGCCCGUACCUGUGGGCCCACAUGCAGAAAUACACCGAAAUCACAGCCACAUAUUUCCACGGAGUGAGACUGGACAACUGCCACUCGACACCAUUACACGUGGCUGAGUUCAUGAUGGACGUGGCCCGAACAGCGUGUCCUAACCUGUAUGUGGUGGCUGAACUGUUCACCGGAAGCGAGGAACUGGAUAAUGUCUUCGUAACCAAGCUAGGGAUCACAUCCCUCAUACGAGAGGCCAUGUCAGCUGGAGACAGCCAUGAAGAGGGCCGGCUGGUCUACCGUUACGGGGGCGAGCCAGUCGGAGCUUGUGUUCAGCCCAGCCUCCGCCCACUGAUGCCCUCCAUCGCCCAUGCCAUGUUUCUUGAUGUAACCCAUGACAACGAGUGUCCCAUACAGCUGCGUUCAGCACUGGACUCCCUCCCCAGCUCGGCUAUGGUCUCUAUGGCCUGCUGUGCUACUGGUUCCACCAGAGGAUAUGAUGAAUUAGUGCCCCAUCAGAUCUCUGUGGUGAAGGAGGAGCGUUUUUACCCCAAGUGGAACCCCUCAGCGCCCCCCAGCUCCACUGGUGAGGUUGGACUCCAGACUGGCAUCAUAGCUGGGAAACUGGCACUCAACAAGCUGCACCAGGAACUGGCUUCCCAGGGAUUCAUACAGGUGUUUGUAGACCAGGUUAAUGCAGAUAUCGUUGCAGUGACUCGACACUGUCCCAGCACACACCAGUCUGUGGUAGCGGUGUGCAGGACCGCCUUCUGGAACCCCAAAACCCACCAGUACGACACCGACGUCCCCCCCAUGUUCAUACCAGGGAAGAUAGAGGAAGUGGUACUGGAGGCAAGGACCGUGGAAAGGCAUGCUGGGAGUUAUAAGAAAGAUGACAACUACAUCAACGGCAUGCCAGAAUACACGGUGGAAAUAAAGGAGCACAUAUCGUUAGAGGAGAGUGCAGUGGUGAAGAAAGCUGGAGUGAUAUCUAAAGGUGCGUCCGAGUUUGUGCAGGAAAUCACCUUUCAGAAGUUGACGCCCGGCAGCGUCAUCGCCUUCAGGCUGAUGUCCAGGCUGACGCUGGCAGACCUGAACAUCCUGCUGUUUCGCUGCGACUCAGAAGAACAAGAAGAUGGCGGAGGCUGUUACAGUAUCCCAGGAUGGGAGAGCCUCAAAUACGCUGGACUACAAGGUCUGAUGUCCGUGCUGGCCGACAUCCGUCCCAACAACGACCUGGGACAUCCGCUGUGUGGUAACCUCAGACAGGGGGACUGGCUGAUAGACUUUGUCUCCAACAGACUGAUAAACAGAGAGGGACCACUGGCCCAGGUGGGUGAGUGGUUGGGAGCCAUGUUCGACUACUUGAAACACAUCCCCCGCUACCUCAUCCCCUGUUACUUUGACGCCAUCCUGGUGUCAACCUACACCACAGCCCUGGACGCCACUCACAAGCUCAUGUCCAGCUUCAUCCAGAAUGGCUCCAGCUUUGUUCGUUACCUGGCGCUGGGUUCAGUUCAGAUGUGUGGUGUCGGACGCUUUCCUGCCCUCCCUCCUCUUUCAACCAAACUGGAGGGCGUCCCCUACCGCAUCAGUCCAGUCACAGGCGAGAAGGAGCAGUGCUGUGUCUCAUUGGCUGCAGGUCUUCCUCAUUUCUCCUCUGGGAUUUUCCGUUGUUGGGGCAGAGACACUUUCAUCGCUCUCAGAGGACUGAUGCUGCUCACUGGGAGACACAUUGAAGCUCGUAACAUCAUCCUGGCCUUUGCGGGGACUUUGCGUCACGGUUUGAUCCCCAACCUGCUGGGUGAGGGUCGCUGUGCUCGAUACAACUGCCGGGAUGCUGUGUGGUGGUGGCUGCAGUGCAUCCAGGACUACGCUACCCACGUUCCUCAGGGGCAUGAAAUCCUUCGCUGCCCUGUCACACGCAUGUACCCCACUGAUGACUGUGAACCCCGGACACCUGGAGAGAUGGAGCAGCCUCUGUAUGAUGUGAUCCAUGAGGCUCUGCAGCGCCACCUACAGGGAAUUUCCUUCAGAGAGAGAAAUGCUGGAUCCAAGAUAGACAUGAACAUGAGAGAUGAAGGGUUUAACGUGGCUACUAACGUGGAUCCAGCCACAGGUUUUGUGACUGGAGGAAACCGCUUUAACUGUGGCACAUGGAUGGACAAGAUGGGAGAGAGCGAGAGAGCGAGGAACAAAGGCAUGCCCGCUACUCCAAGAGACGGCGCAGCGGUGGAGAUAGUUGGUCUCAGUAAGUCAGCUGUUCGCUGGGUUGUGGAGCUCCAUGCCGAGGGCCUGUUCCCUUAUGAUGGAGUUAAAGUACACAGAGAUGGUAAAGAGGUGUUUAUCUCGUACUCCCAGUGGAACCAGCAGCUCCAGCAGUCCUUUGAAGCAGGUUUCUGGGUGUCUGGCAACCCAGAAGACCCCAAUGAGGAGCACCCUGAUCUGGUGCACAAAAAAGGCAUCUAUAAGGACAGCUAUGGGGCCUCCAGCCCCUGGUGUGACUACCAGCUGAGACCCAACUUCACCAUUGCCAUGGUGGUGGCUCCAGAGCUGUUCACGGUGGAGAGGGCAUGGAUGGCUCUGGACGUGGCUGAGAAGAAACUACUGGGACCACUGGGAAUGAAGACCCUCGACCCUGAGGACAUGGUGUACUGUGGUAUCUAUGACAACGCUCUGGACAACGACAACUACAACCUGGCAAAAGGCUUCAACUAUCACCAAGGCCCAGAGUGGCUGUGGCCGGUCGGCUACUUCUUGCGUGCUAAGCUCUACUUUGCCAAGCAGCUGGGAGACGACACGUACGCUAAGACCGUCACUCUGGUGAAGAACGUCCUCUCACGACACUACACACACCUGGAGAGGUCUCCGUGGAAGGGUCUGCCAGAGCUGACCAAUGAGAACGGCCAGUACUGCCCGUUCAGCUGUGAGACCCAGGCCUGGUCCCUGGCCACUGUGCUGGAGGUCCUCUAUGACCUCUAAAGGCCCAGCUCUCCCCCUGAUCCCCCCAAAGCAAAGGUUGUUUUGUCUUGUUAUU